UAUCACAUUUGCUUCUUCCGCAGUUCUUGUCGUAUAUUUUUUGUUUCUCAAAUUAGGGUUUUUAUCUGUUCUUCAUCUCUGCUUUUGUCCCAAACUAGAAGAGAAGACCCUUUUCGCUGUCCCUCAGAUCCGACCAAAAUACUAGCCGUUGUUUCCCGUUUUCCCGCCAUUUUCAGCUCCCCGAAGGAACCCACUCUCCGCCAUUGAAUCCGCUUUCGUUUGGAUCCAUUUUCUUCUUCGCUGGACUCCUGAGAAAUUUCUCCCUCUUUAUUCUUCUACUAUUGUUUUUGCUCGGCCAUGGCGGCGAUAGAGUCGGAGAAGAAGGACGAGAACUCGUCCGGGGGAGGUGAGCUGUUGUUCUGUGGCGGGACGUCCUGGGACAACAUCGGACGUAAGAAAGGACAGUUUGAAGGCAACUUGGUUUCUCCGACUCGGCUCAGGCCUCUUGUCGGCGUCAACAUUCGAUUCGUCGCCUCUGGUUCCGUUUCAUGUCAUUGUGUGGCAUUGGACGUCGAAGGGCGUUGUUACACUUGGGGACGCAAUGAGAAAGGCCAACUGGGUCAUGGAGAUAUGAUACAGCGUGAUCGGCCGACGGUUGUUUCAGAACUUUCUAAGUACAAAAUUGUGAAAGCUGGAGCCGGGAGGAACCACACUGUUGUGGUUAGCAGCGAUGGCCAGUCCUUUGCUUUCGGCUGGAAUAAACAUGGGCAGCUGGGUUCGGGUUCGGCUAAAACUGAAGUUGAGCCAUCCCCUGUUCAGUGUCUUGUUUCUGAUGUUUCAAAUACUGCUUGUGGAGCUGACUUCACUGUGUGGUUAUCUUCCACUGAAGGAGCAUCUAUACUGACAGCGGGCUUGCCACAGUAUGGUCAACUUGGUCAUGGAACUGAUAACGAGUACAAUAUGAAGGAUAGUUCGGUUAGACUCGCAUAUGAAGCCCAACCACGUCCUAGAGCCAUUGCUUCUCUUGCGGGAGAAACGAUCAUCAAAGUUGCAUGCGGAGCAAAUCAUACGGUGGCUGUUGACAAAAACGGGUUUGUUUACACAUGGGGCUUUGGCGGCUAUGGGAGGCUUGGGCAUAGAGAGCAGAAAGACGAGUGGGCCCCUCGUCGUGUCGACGUCUUUCAGAGGAACAACGUUCUUCCUCCCGAUGCAGUUGUCUCAGCCGGAUCUGCAAACUCGUCUUGCACCGCUGCUGGUGGACAGUUAUACAUGUGGGGCAAGAUUAAGAAUAACGGUGACGAUUGGAUGUAUCCUAAACCUUUGAUGGAUUUAAGCGGUUGGAACUUACGAUGCAUGGAUUCGGGAAACAUGCACCAUUUCGUUGGUGCUGAUAGCUCAUGCAUCAGUUGGGGUCAUGCUCUGUAUGGAGAGCUCGGUUAUGGCCCCAAUGGUCAGAAAUCCUCAGCUGUACCGAAAAAGGUGGAUAUACUUGAGGGGAUGCAUGUGAUCGGCGUGGCAUGCGGGUUUGGUCACUCGAUGGUCAUCGUUGAUAGAAAAAAUGUCGGUGAUCGGCUUGAUCAGCUCGAUACCUAUGACGGGAAAGGGUCGAUAGAAGGAAGCGGAGAACCCGAGGAGGAAGCCCCGGCAGCAAAGCAUGCUACGAAAAGGGCUGCAGCCAAAACAUCGGGUGGAUCCACGAAGAGGAAGAAGAAAUCGAAGGCCUCGUCGGAAUCGGAUGAAGACGAGGAGGAAGAGGAAGAAGAUGAGGAAAGUGAAAAUAGCGAAGAUGAAGAGGCGAAUGAUCGAAAAUCCCGGAAAAGAGAGAGCAGUCGCGGUGGUCGUGGAGGAGGCAGAGGACGGGGACGUGGCCGUGGUCGGACUGCCACAUCAUCGGCGAGUAACGGGAAGGCUGGGACGGUGAAGACAGGUAAGAGAGGACGACCCCGUAAGUCUUAGUACUCGGAAUGUUUUAUUAUCCAAUUUGGUCGGUUGUCACUUUUCCGUUCAUAGAGGGCCAAAGAGGGGAAACCAAAUCAUUAAAAGGAAAAAAAAACUCUGUUGUCGAAUUUUAUUUUAUUUUUUGUUAGUUAAUGAACACUUUGCAAAAACACAUUCCAUCUUGGCCAAGUAAUUUUCUUUGUUAUA